AUGUCUAAAGAUUUGCAAGACCAGGAGCCUUCCAUUGUUAUCAACGGUGAUUUGCCACCUGAGGAAGAACAGGAGAUGUUUGAGGAGGAAUCAGACAAUGAGCCAGAGCCAAGCAAGAAGACGGUGUCAUUUGCUGACUUGGAUGACCAGGAGGAUGAGGAGGAGACGAGAAGACGUGAAUUCGAAGAAGGUGGUGGUCUGCCAGAACAGCCUGACAACCCAGACUUUUCAAAGCUGACUCCUCUUUCUCCAGAGAUUAUAAAUAGACAAGCCACCAUCAACAUUGGUACCAUUGGUCACGUCGCCCACGGUAAGUCCACUGUUGUCAAGGCCAUCUCCGGUGUCCAGACGGUCCGUUUCAAGGAUGAGCUUGAGCGUAACAUUACCAUCAAGCUUGGUUAUGCCAACGCGAAGAUUUACAAGUUGGAUGAUCCAAACGUUGAUGAGACCACAUCGUACAAGUCAUUCAGCUCUGACAAGGAGAUCCAUCCAAAGAGUGAGGUGAAGGGCUCAGAUGCUCGUUACAAUCUUGUUCGUCACGUUUCAUUUGUCGAUUGUCCGGGUCACGAUAUCCUCAUGAGUACCAUGUUGUCUGGUGCUGCUGUUAUGGAUGCUGCCCUCUUGCUUAUUGCUGGUAACGAAUCAUGUCCACAACCACAAACCUCUGAGCAUUUAGCUGCUAUUGAAAUCAUGAAGCUCAAGCACGUUAUCAUCUUGCAGAACAAGGUGGAUUUGAUGCGUCCAGACUCUGCCUUGGAGCAUGAGAAGUCGAUUUUGAAGUUCAUCAGAGGUACCAUUGCCGAUGGUGCUCCAAUCGUUCCAAUCUCUGCUCAAUUGAAAUACAACAUUGAUGCUGUCAACGAAUUCAUCGUCAAGACCAUCCCAGUGCCACCAAGAGACUUCAGUGCCUCUCCAAGACUCAUUGUGAUCCGUUCUUUUGACGUUAACAAACCAGGUGCCGAAAUUGACGACUUGAAAGGUGGUGUUGCUGGUGGUUCUAUUUUGACCGGUGUCUUCAAACUCGGUGAUGAGAUCGAGAUCCGUCCAGGUAUUGUCACAAAGGACGACAACGGUAAGAUACAAUGUAAGCCAAUCUUCUCAAACAUUGUGUCUUUGUUUGCUGAGCACAACGAUUUGAAGUUCGCUGUUCCAGGUGGUUUGAUCGGUGUUGGUACCAAAGUCGAUCCUACUCUUUGUAGAGCUGAUAGACUUGUUGGUCAAGUCGUUGGUGCUAAGGGCCAUCUUCCAUCCAUCUAUACCGACAUCGAGAUCAACUACUUCUUGCUUCGUCGUUUGCUCGGUGUCAAGACAGAGGGCUCCAAGCAGGCCAAGGUUAGAAAGCUUGACACAAACGAAGUCCUCAUGGUCAACAUCGGCUCCACUGCUACCGGUGCCCGUGUCGUUGCUGUCAAGGCCGAUAUGGCUAGAUUGCAGUUGACCUCUCCAGCCUGUACCGAGAUCAAUGAGAAGAUUGCCCUUUCAAGACGUAUCGAGAAGCACUGGAGAUUGAUCGGUUGGGCUACCAUCAAGAAGGGUACCACUUUGGAGCCAAUCGUGGAUAAUUAG